CUCCGGUUUCGGCCAUGCACCUGACAGAACAUGGUGACAGUGCGUGUGUGUUAGCGCGUACGUGUUGUGUUGCUCGUGUAUUUUAGUUUGCUAUUGCAAAUAUAAAAUAGCAAUGCCGAACAAGUGCUGCAUAAAAAAUUGUAAUAAUACAAAUGACAAAGGGUAUCAUUUAUUUCAAUUUCCGAUGAAGCGUCCUGAUAUGUUACAAAUAUGGAUGAACGCAAUCAGAAGAGAUUUUAUACCAAAAAAGAGUCAUGUAGUAUGUAGUGCUCACUUCUUACCCUCAGAUAUUUUGCAAAAAGCCAAUGCAAGUGGAGUAGUUUUAAAACAUCUGGCUGUGCCUUCCAUAUUUCUAGAGGCACCUGCUUCUAACAAUACUCCGAUAAUAUCUAAAUGUAAUCCUCCGAUGGAAUCUGAAUCUACUCCUACGAUGGAAUCUGAAUGUGAUUCUCCGAUGGAAUCUGAAUAUAAUCCUCCAGUGGAAUCUGAAUGUAAUCCUCCGAUGGAAUCUGAAUGUAAUCCUCCGAUGAAAUCUGACUGUACUCCUCCGAUGGAAUGUGUUACUCCUGCUAUAUCUGCUAUGACAAAUGUGCCUCCAAUUGUGUGGAAGAGUAUAUUGAAAUCAAACAAAGAUAACACAACAGUUAGUGCUUCAAUAUCAUCGCCGAAAGCACAAUCUGCUACUAAUAAUACAAUAAAACUAACUAUGCGAAAGCAGAAGACAGUCAUGCACAGUUCAGUUUUGAAGUUGAAGCAGCAAAUGAGUCCACGGGAACAGCACAUGUGGAGAACGAUAAAAACAUUGAAGCAGAAGCUAAGGAGGAAAGAAGAAAAAAUUAAUUCAUUACAGUAUCUAUUGACAACUUUACGAGAAAAGAAUCUUCUGGGAAGAGAUCCCAGUGAAGUUAUUAGUACAAAUUUUGAUGAACGUGUUGACGAAGUAUUCAAGAACGAAUGGAACAAUAGAAACGGAAAGAAGAAAGGUUGCCGAUACAGCGAUGAAAUAAAAAAAUUUGCAGUAACUCUACAUUUUUAUUCGCCGAAGGCCUAUAACUAUUGUAGGUAUAUUUCUUACAUUGUCGUUGUUAUUUAUGGGUUUGCAAUUAAUAUGAAUGGCAUUUUCAGAUCGAUUCUACAUUUGCCACAUGAAAGCAGCAUCAGAAAUUGACUUUUCUCGGUUAAUGCGGAACCUGGUUUUCUGACUGAGGUUUUUCAAGAGAUAUCGAAAUUCCCAGAAGGUUCGCGUCAUUGCAAUUUAGUGUUUGAUUCGAUGGCGAUUCGGAAGCAGGUGCUGUGGAAUGCUACAUCGGAACAAUAUGUUGGAUUGUGCGAUUACGGCAAUGGGACAUCUAUUGAAGCUGCGAACAGUGAAGCCACCGAAGUCCUCGUUUUCAUGCUGGUUUCUCUUAGAGGUACAUGGAAGUGGCCGGUGGGUUAUUUCGUAGACAAAAUAAAUGCUGUAGUGCAAGCGGAACUGGUAAAAACAGCAUUAAUAUUGUCCCAGCGAUCAGGUAUCCGGGUAUGGAGUGUUACGUGUGACGGAGCUCAUGCCAACUAUUCAACAAUGAAUAUAUUAGGUUGCAAUUUAUACACGACAAAUUAUUGUGAAUUGAAAAGCACAUUUAAACAUCCCAGCUCCGAUUACGAUGUACACUUCGUACCUGAUGCUUGCCAUAAUGUAAAGCUUGCCCGGAACAUGUUAGGUGAUCUCAAAAUUAUUAAAUCGCCCACUGCACAGAUUAAUUGGAAUCAUAUAACUAAUUUACAUACGCUGCAACUCGACCAGAAUUAAAAAUUUGCAAAUAAACUUAGUUCUGCGCAUAUAAAUUUUAAAGCUAAUAUUAUGAAGGUAAAACUCGCAGUACAGACUUUAAGUUCUUCAACUGCUUCUGCUUUGGAAUGUUUACAGUUAUUUGAAGUUGAAGGCUUUCAAGACUGUGCUGGCACGAUAGAAUUUAUCAAGACCAUUGAUGAACUGUUCGAUUUUUUAAAUUCUCGCAACCCUUUCGGAAAGGGGUUAAAAUCGCCGAUAUUUUUACAUAACUUAAACUUCUUGCAAGAAAGAAUAGAACAAAAAAUUGCAUAUUUAUAUACUCUAAUGGAACCUGAUAAUAAUAAGUUAUGUACUGGUAGAAGAAAGGUUUUUAUCAUAGGGUUUGCAGCUGCUAUUAAAUCGAUAUUGCAAAUAGCUAAACAUAUUUUGAGAGAGCCCUGUUUUAAAUAUCUAAUGACAUACAGGUUUAGUCAGGAUCACUUAGAAUUAUUUUUUGUUCAAGUGCGACGGCGACACGGUUGGAAUAACAACCCCAAUGUAUUACAAUUCAAAGCUGCUAUGAAAAGUUUAUUGGUUAAAAAUUCGAUUACAGCGUCAGCGACAGCUAAUUGUGGCACAUUUGACUCAGACAACGAUGUACAAUUUAAAUUGAGAUGGGCGCAGAAAAAAAUGUGCAAAAUUGGCAUGACAACAUUAAUAGCGCAGACUGCGAUAUGUAUAAUGAUGGUUUGUUUGAUGACGAUCAGGAUGGAGAACUAUAUUAUAGUAUCCCUGGGAAUGAAAGUAGUUUUCUGAAAGAUAACAUUUUAUAUUAUAUAGCGGGUUUCAUAGUUAAAACAAUGAUUCGUACAUUAACAUGUAAAAGCUGCAUUGCCAACAUUAUAAGAAAAGUCAAUGAUAAGAAACAUAAUAGUUUGCCGUACACCAUAUUCGUAGACAUAAAACAGAAGGGAGGUUUAAUAUACGCAUCGAAUGAUGUGUACAAAAUUGUCUGUGCCACAGACAGAGUUUCGUCAAUCAUUAACAAACAGUCAAAAUAAGCUACCAAAUAAAGAUGUAUAUCGUAAAAUCAUUUGUCGCAUUACACGCAGAUAUGCAUUGGACACAAAUGUAUUUCCUACUAAUAAAGAUUGUUACGAAG